CACCUCGCGCUCUCAUUUUUGUCCACGUCGCUGGCGCUCGCACUUGGCACCCGGCUAAGCUGAAACUCACCGCCGCGGAAUAGCUAAUAGACCCGUCCACAGUCACAACGUCCAACCUCGCCGUUGUCCCUGUUGACGCUCGAGCUCGUCCCUAACCUCUCGCGGAGUGCGCGCUCGCCUCGCCAAGCGCCAUGCGGUUACCUAUCGAUUAGUUACCGUUUUGUUACCGAUCGGAACCGUAGUUACCGGCUCCGCGUGUGAUUUCAGUGCUGCGUUUAGUUCGUCGACCGCCAUGAAGUUCCAGCUCGUAGUAUUCCAGUUAAUAUGCCUGACCGUGGCAUGGGCAAGAACCGCCGUGGAGGAUGAUUUGGAGGAGGUCCCUGUUCAAGCAUUUAAACCAGUCAAGCCAAAUCCACUAAAAUCAAGCAAGAGUAUCCCUGUUCCUACCAAAAAGACCACAACUCCUCCACCGGAGGUGAAGUCAGAGCCGGAACAAGAACCAGAAUACGAGGAUGACCAAGCGCCGAAAGAAUACGAAGACGAAGCCUCUCAAUCAUCGACAACCUCAACAACAGAAGCUUCCAAGAAGAUCGGCAACGGCAUCGUGCGCCCGUUCCGGAGCAACCAGGACCUCCUGGAGACGCUGAAGAGGCGCCGGGCUGAGAAGGUGGCCGCCGGACCCCAGUUCGCGGCGCCCUCCACGACGAGCGCCCCCGCUGCCGCUGCAGCCGCCCCCGCGCCCCGCGCCAAGAAGCCCAGCCGCGCCUACAACGGCAGGAGCCGGUCCCAGAGCCCGGAGGAGCCCGACCAGGCUGGAAGCGAAAGCGAGAAGACGACUGUCAAUAGGAGGUUUUCCGGGGCCAGGGGCCGCUCAAGCUUUUCCUCUACCACUCCGGCCUACGUCGAGGAGGUCCCAGAGGAGGCCCCAGCGCCACCCCCUAGAAAUAGGAAUUUCGGACGAUCCAGACGCGUCUGAAUCUAGCAGUAGUAUAUUUUUAAAUUUUCGAACGAAAAAUUUGUUGAUUAUAAGACAUAUGUACAAUAGUUUUUAACUGGCACCGUACCUAUCGUCGUUACCUAGACAUGGGAAUGUAGCUCGAUAGUGAAACUCCAAAAUUACGUACCUCGAUUUGCGACUUUGUAGACAGAGGCGGAUCCAGCUACUUAGCAACACUGGAUUCCCUCCAUUUAAAACCUUUGUUAAAGAAUCGAUUCUUGUCACAGCACCUGGCCCCUCCGAGAAUUGAUACAUUUCCAUUGGUUUAAAUGGAGAAAAACAACGUUGCCGAUGUCCUGGAUCCGCCUAUGACAAGGAGGGGAGAGAGAGUCACAAAGUCGGUCAAAAUGCUCCAUUUAAUGCUUGAACGGUUCCUAAAUAAGUGUUUCCUACCGAUCAGAUUUUUUAAAAAUGGUCAAGUUGGAACUCAUAAAAUGCAAUACAUCCAAACUCAAAAUACCUGGUUUCUUCAAAGUCAAUUUGGACGAUUGGCGUUUAAAGUCAUUUCACGAAAGCAUCCCUAAAAUUAAUGUUACCAAGAAAAGUUUGUUAAAUGUAGCAUCAUUAAUUUGCAUAAUCAUUACGGAUAUCUACAAAAGAGGUGCUAAACUUUUAAAAUAAUACUAGUUCUGUAUAAAUGAACUGAACAAGUAAACAGAUUGUAUGUGCCAUCUUUGAGAAUCUUGAACACUAAAAUAUGCAUUUACACUAACGAAAGAAAAUGAUGACAGCGAUGCAGCAAUCUAGAGUUGAUUUAACAUUCUGGAUUUCCCACAUUAUGACAACUUUUAAUCGAUAUAUCUGCUAUUGCCUAUAAUUAUUUUACUUGUGAUUGAAUACUUCAACACGAAAGUAAUGCUCGAUGGAAGGCACCAUUUUGACGUGAAAUUUAUGUCAAGUCUUUUUAUAUUGAUGAUGUUACGCAGUCUGUAAUUUUUGUGUAAAUAAAUAAAAUUUCUACUUUGAUA